AUGAGAUCUCUCAGAAGCUUUUUUCUUUACAAGUGUCUGAUUACAUUAACUUUUUGGAACCAUGUCAGCCUGUCUGUGGAAAAUGAACUCUUCACAUCGGUUUCUAACAAUUUUCCAAAAGAUGGUUCUGACAAGAAAAUCAAGAGCCUGCCACUCCUGUAUACAAAUAGUCAUCAGCCCAAAGCUAAUUUUGACUGGGUUGUGAUAGAAAAUACUACAGAAAGCCUGUCAUUGUCAGAAAUCACAAAUUACAAUGUAAAAAAAUUAGUAGCUUUAUUAUCUAAUUUCAGACAAGGCUCCAAGUUACAAAAUCUGACACUGACAAAUGUGUCACUGGACUGGAAUGCUCUCAUUGAUGUUUUUCAGACUGUAUGGCACUCAUCCAUUGAAUACUUCAGUAUUAACAGUGUAACACAGUUGUCAAACGUCGAAAUGUAUGAUUUUGACUAUUCAGGCACCUCUAUGAAAGCAGUUACAAUGAAGAAAGUUUUAAUCACAGAUCUGUAUUUCUCACAGGAUGACUUAUACAAAAUAUUUGCAGACAUGAAUAUCGCAGCCUUGACAAUAGCUGAAUCAGAGAUGAUACAUAUGCUGUGUCCUUCAUCUAACAGUCCCUUUAAAUACUUAAAUUUUUUAAAGAAUGAUUUAACAGAUCUUCUUUUUCAAAAAUGUGGCAAAUUAAUUCAACUGGAGACAUUAAUCUUGCAAAGAAAUAAACUUGAAAGC